AUGCGGUACCUCGGCGUGGAGCUCGACACGCGGCUGUCCUUCACAAAACACGUGCAACAGGCUUCCCUCAAGGCUUCCCAAUCGGCGCUGGCCAUAGGCAGACUCAUGCCCAACAUCGGCGGUCCGUCCCAAAGUAAGAGAGCGUUACUCGGGUCAGUGGCAAAUAGCAAGAUGCUAUACGCCUCCCCCGUCUGGGCCGCCCGAGGGACGAAAACCGCCAAAAAUCGACUGGCAAUGGCAAGGGCCCAGAGGACAGUUGCACUCCGCACUAUACGCGCUUACUGCACCGUCUCUGCAGAAAACCUCGUCCAUCCUCGCUUCAAUGCUACCAGCAGAUCUGCUAGCAACCGAGAGGGCCAGGAUCAGAACACGACUGGACGAUCAGGCGGACGAAACGCCCACCAACACGCUGAAGAAUCAGGAAAGAGCAAUCAGCAUUGCAGCCUGGCAAGCUCGGUGGGACCGGUCGAACAACGCAAGGUGGACGCGCAGGCUCAUCCCUAA